UCCAGUACAUGCGCUAUGGAGUUCCCCAACUUAGGAGAAAUAUAUUCAAACAGCCGUUUCUCUUGGACGUCACAUUUAUCGAAACUUUUCAUUUACGAAGGUUGCAGUAAUGCGAACUCUGACGUAUGAGACGCGUCGCUCCGCCCUCUGACGUAGUUUUGACGUCACAGGCAUUUAUUAACACAUGGACACAUCCGAUGGCGAUACCUGAGAUCCAACCUUGCAGCACUCGUAAGGCGAGGAAACGUUUGUCUUUGGACGUUUUUUACACAAGAGUAAUGAAUGGCCAUAAACGGGGCAGAAGAGCGAUGGAUGAGAAAAAUGUUGCUGUUGAGAAACCAAGGCACCCAUCGACACAAUCGUGCAAAGAACCGAUUUUUGACAGAUUAUUAAUUUCAACCACGAAAAAACUCGAAUCUUCCGAUCGAUCUGGGAAGUGCUUAGCUCGCUGUUUGUCAACACAACUGCUGAACACAAGUCAGCAUCGUGUCGAGGAAGAAGAUGAAAUAUCCUUGUCUUCGGAAUUAAUGAACGCUAGUUACGGGACUGUGUUCAGUCCUAUGUCGUCCCCAACAAGAAAUCGCCAUAACCGUAGCAUUUCGGAAAGUUCUAGAAAAAUGGGGAAUUUCGGUAGCAGAAAAAAGAUCAAAAACGCAAUUGUUACGCCUGUGCGCAACGCACGAACUCGUAUAAUGAGGAAAUUUUCGGACGGUGACGGAGAAUGUUCUAACCAAGCACCUAAUUCCAUAUCUGCGACCAAGAAACGUUUUUCCGCUUCUGUGACAUCUCUACCUGUAAAUUCGAGCCCUGAUCUCCACAAUGAGAAAACCCGAAACGAAAAUGAGUUCGGAGUCGCCAAUAUGAUUACUACUGUUGUGAAGAAGAGGCGAAGUGACUACUUUCAAUCGUUGUCAAAUUGGCGAAACGACAAAGUCACUGGAAUUAAGACACUUCGGCAAUUCCUCAUGAAAAAAACGCGCGUUACAUGUUUCCGAAACUUUUUGAAGAAAGAAUUCAGCGAAGAAAAUCUGGAUUUCUGGCUCGAAGUAGAACACUACAGAAAGCAAAAGACAAGCAAACAAGUUAAACUGGCACACGCUAUCUUCGAUACCUACAUUGUUGUCAAUGCUACACGAGAGAUAAACAUUGAUGCCGGUACACGAGCGACUACGAAAGCAAAUAUGCAAAAACCAGACGCCACCACAUUCGACUUGGCCCAAGUCCGAGUCUUCCUUCUCAUGGAAAGAGAUUCAUUCCGUCGAUUCCUCGACGCCGAACAAAAAUCCUCGGUUGAAACUAAAUCUUCCAGCAGCAAUGUAACAGCAAAGAAAACUGCAACAAACAAAACGAAAGGUGUUUCGAAAGACAAGAACGUCCGAAGAUCGCUUAUGAGCGAAUCAAAAGAAUCAAAAUUUGCUGAAAUAAUUAACAGCGCUAGUAUUACUGAAAGAAGAAAGCGUAAAUUUUCGUCAUAAUUUCUAAUUUUUCUUUUCUAUCGUGUUGUAUUCUUCUAUGCUGGCGAAAAUAUUUAUGCUGUUAUCGUUGUUUUUGAAUUCUAUUUACACUUGCUGUGCAAGAUGGUUACCUAUACUGUGAAAUACAUGCAAUUCUAAAUAUAA